AGUUGUGAGAGCAUUUGGGGAGGAGAAAGAAGGCCUCUAAGGAAGAGAAAGGGGAGAUGGGUGUGGCUGAAGAGUACUUGCCAGCAAUGGCGAUGUUGGGAAUUCAAGCAAUUUAUGCUAUUGUGACACUCAUCUCUAGGGCUGCCCUUUUGGAGGGUAUGAGUCCUAGAGUGUUCAUCGUUUAUAGGCAGGCCUUUGCCACUCUCUCUAUUGCACCCAUUGCUUAUCUCUCCAGGUCGAAAUCCAUGAAGGUUUCUUUGGACCUCAAGAGCUUUUAUCUCAUCUUUUUUGCUGCACUUAUCGGUUCAACCAUGAACCACAAUUUUUUCUACGAGGGACUGUUCUUAGCCAGUUCAUCAUUAGCAACCGCGAUGGAGAAUCUGAUUCCGGCAGUGACAUUUAUAAUAGCAGCAAUGGUCGGAAUGGAGAGUGUGAACAUGACAAACGUGAGGUGCGUGGCCAAGAUUGUAGGCACAGUGGUUUGUGUCGGUGGGGCUAUGUUCAUGGCCCUUCUAAGAGGUCCAAAGCUUCUGAACGCCACACAAGCUUCCGGUGUCAAAUCUGCAAUAUUUGGUGUGGAAAGUGGAAGCGAUCAGGCUUGGUUGUUGGGCUCACUCAGUCUGUUUGGUAGCUGUUGCUGUUGGUCAAUUUGGUUGAUAUUGCAGGUGCCAGCAAUGGCAAGCUAUCCUGACAAGCUAUCUUUAUCAGCAUGGACUUGUUUUUUUUCACUCAUACAAUCAGUGGGUUUCACAUUAUGGGUAGAGGGAGCCAAUUUAGAAACGUGGAAGAUUCAUUCAACUACUGAACUUAUUUGUUACCUCUUCUCGGGGAUUUUUGGGUCAGGAGUUGCCUACUUUCUUCAAGCUUGGGGUAUUUCAAAGAGAGGACCUGUGUUCUCUGCAGUGUUCAACCCCUUUUGCACCAUUAUUACCACUAUUUUGGCAGCUAUAUUUCUUCAUGAGGAGAUUUAUACUGGAAGCUUGUUGGGGGGCGUGAUUGUAAUUAUUGGAUUAUAUGUGGUUCUUUGGGGGAAAACAAAUGAUUACACGAAGGAAGAAGACAGAGGAAAGUGUAGAGUUGAAAAACAAGAAGAGGAUUGUGAAUCAGCUUCAACUUCGAUUGAGACAGAUAGCUAUAAAGUUGAUGUGAGGGAACCCCUUUUGUCUGGGUGUACACAUCAUAUUGACAACUAGGCAAAGGGAUCUACGACAUAUGCCAAGUGGCAUUUAUGUAUGGUCCACGUGUUCUCCAAGAAAAAAAGGAAAAAAUAUGUGUGAGAUAUAUUUUUUUAUUCUUGAACCUUUUUGUUUUGUUUUGUUUUAAUCUUUACGAGUUUUAAGAUUAAUGAAGUUAAAUGUUGUUUUAUCUUUGAUU